AUGAAGUUUCAUCAUAUGUGGAGCAAAAUUCAUGGAGAAUUUUGUCAAAGAUCGGGUUCUAUUCGGACCGAAAUGGUCUUGUCUAGUAGAUGGAAACUUCUGAAUAAAGAGUUAGGGAAAUGGAGAAAUGACUUGACAAAAUCAAAGGCGAACAUUCGAAGCGGUCAAAAUUUGACUGAUGAGAAUUGUUCGAGAUUCAAAAUUAUUCCCACCGGUCCAGAAGUUGUGAUGAAUGAGACACCGCUCAACGAUUUGCCAUCAACCAAUUCGCCAUUGGACUCCCCAAUGGAAACGGAGUCACCAUUUGUGCCACGUCCGCCGAGACCUAUUGGGAGAAAGGCGGCAAAGGCCAAGAGAGGGGGCACUUCGACCAAUGAAUGUGUACAAUUAUUGGAGCAAGUAGCUAAGAACACCUCACUAAGAAUGGAGAGAGACUUGAAAAGAGAUGAAAUGGACGUGGCACGAGAGGAAGCAUUUGUUAUUCAACAGCAGAAGGCACAAGAAAAAGACAUAGAUGAUAGAGAGAUGAAAAUCAUGGCCAUGGAUACGAGUCAUAUGUCUCCCGAAACAAAGGCAUAUUGGAAGCUAAGACGAAGGGAUGUGAUGAGAAAAAAACUUUUCCAUGACGACGGACCUAGCAAUACGGAUUGGUUAAAUGAUGAAAACCAUUAG